UGUUUAUCGCCAUGAGGAUCUAUAUUGAUUCAACUGGACGCUCAAGCUAACUCCGUAGGACUCUUGUCACACCGGACUCGACUUCCCUCCCCUUUUUAAUUACCAUUUUCCAAGCAUGACAGAGCUUACGCAGGGGCGCGUUGAUGGGAAACAUCCUCUUUCACACAGGCAGCACUGUACAGGCAGUGUAUGGAGGUUAUCAAAACCAAACGUGUGUUCACGAUGAUGGGACCUCGGUCAGACACAGCCAGGUAAUCGAAGUUAGGCAGAAGUCAGCCCAUGUGACUCAGGCUGUAUGUUCCUCUGGGGAGCCUGACUUCACUCACAGUGACUGGUGCUUAUUUAGGCAGCCAUGAGCCCUCCACGCCGAUCAUCGAGCCCUCCGCGUCGAUCCUCAAGUUCCCAUGGUGACAGGCCCCCCACUGAGACCCUGCAGAGGAACAACAGCAGCAACUCUGGUGUUAUUCUGGACAUCUCGGCCCUCAAGAUGGCAGAAGUGGACACUGAGGUGCCUCCUCUUCCACCUCGCUAUCGCUUCAGGGACUUGCUGCUGGGGGACCAGACAUUUCAGAAUGAUGACAGGGUGCAGGUGGAGUUCUACGUGAAUGAAAACACCUUCAAGGAGAGGCUGAAGCUUUUCUUCAUCAAAAACCAAAGGUCAAGCCUGAGAAUCCGCCUGUUCAACUUCUCACUGAAGAUUCUCACCUGCGCCCUCUACAUACUGAGAGUCAGCCUGGAUAACCCCCAUAAGGACAACAACAACCCAUGUGCAAAUUAUUCGAACAGCAGCAACAGUACAGAGCGGGGAGACAUCGACUGGUCGUUGAUUUUCUGGGUUUGCAGAAAGGAACCUGUAUGGGCGAUACAGGUGACAGUGGCCUUAAUCAGUUUCUUGGAGACCAUGCUUAUCACAUAUCUCAGCUACAAGGGGAACAUUUGGGAGCAGAUCUUCCAGAUAUCCUUCAUAUUGGAGAUGAUCAAUUCAGUGCCAUUUAUAAUCACAAUCUUCUGGCCUCCAUUAAGAAACAUAUUCGUUCCUGUAUUUCUUAACUGCUGGCUAGCCAAAGGAGCCCUGGAGAACAUGAUCAACGACUUCCAUCGUGCCAUCCAGAGGACCCACUCUGCCAUGUUCAACCAGGUGGUUAUCCUCAUCUGCACCUUACUGUGUCUGGUUUUCACUGGAGCUUGUGGGAUCCAGCAUCUAGAGAGAGCCGGGAAGCACCUUUCCUUCUUUGACUCCUUCUAUUUCUGCAUCGUCACCUUCUCCACUGUGGGCUACGGGGACGUCACGCCACAAAUCUGGCCCUCCCAGCUGCUGGUGGUCAUUCUCAUCUGUGUUGCCCUAGUGGUGCUCCCACUGCAGUUUGAAGAACUAGCAUACUUGUGGAUGGAGAGCCAGAAGUUAGGAGGGAACUACAGCCGACACCGGGCGCAGACAGAGAAGCAUGUGGUGUUGUGUGUCAGCUCGCUGAAGAUCGACUUGCUGAUGGAUUUCCUCAACGAGUUCUAUGCUCACCCGAGACUACAGGACUACUAUGUGGUGAUCCUGUGUCCAACGGAGAUAGACAUUCAAGUCCGCCGUAUCCUCCAAAUCCCUCUGUGGUCCCAGAGGGUCAUCUACCUUCAAGGAUCUGCCCUCAAAGACCAGGACCUGAUGAGGGCCAAGAUGGACGACGCUGAGGCCUGCUUCAUCCUCAGCAGUAGGAACGAGGUCGACCGGACUGCUGCUGAUCACCAGACUAUUUUGAGGGCUUGGGCUGCCAAGGAUUUCGCUCCAAAUUGCCCUCUCUACGUCCAAAUUCUCAAACCUGAAAAUAAAUUCCAUGUUAAGUUUGCAGAUCAUGUAGUGUGUGAGGAGGAGUUCAAGUAUGCCAUGUUGGCGCUGAACUGUGUGUGUCCCGCCACGUCGACCUUGGUCACGCUCCUGGUUCAUACUUCCAGAGGACAGGAGGGUCAGUUGUCACCGGAGCAGUGGCAGAGGAUGUACGGACGCUGCUCAGGAAACGAGGUUUACCACAUCCGCUUGUGUGACAGCAAGUUUUUUGGGGAGUAUGAUGGAAAGAGCUUCACCUACGCCUCCUUCCACGCCCAUAAGAAGUAUGGUGUGUGUUUGAUCGGAGUGAAGAGGGAGGAAAACAAGAGCAUCCUUCUGAACCCCGGCCCCCGCCACAUCAUGGCUGCUGCUGACACCUGCUACUACAUCAACAUCACCAAGGAGGAGAACUCAGCCUUCAUCUUUAAACAGGAGGAGAAGCACAACAAGGGCCUGCCUGUCACCGGCCUCUACGACGCCCCCUCUAGGCUGCCCGUGCACAGCAUCAUCGCCAGCAUGGUUGAUCAGGCCACUGCAUAUGGCACAGUAGCCAUCGAUCUCCAGAACCCUGAUCCUCCUGAGGAAAGCGGCAAGCUGACCUUGCCGACGGAGAAUGGCUCUGGAAGCCGCAGGCCCAGCAUCGCGCCAGUCCUUGAGAUUGCCGACUCCUCCGCCAUUCUGCCCUGCGACCUCCUCAGUGACCAAUCAGAAGAUGAGACUAACCAAUCAGACGAGGAGGGCUCUGUAGGGUCAGAUUUUGUGAAGGGCUACCCCCCCAACUCGCCCUACAUCGGCAGCUCUCCAACUCUGUGCCACCUCCUGCCACAGAAAGCUCCAUUCUGCUGCCUCCGCCUCGACAAGGGCUGCACGCACAGCAGCUUUGAGGAUGCCAAGGCAUACGGUUUCAAGAAUAAGCUGAUUAUAGUGUCUGCAGAGACGGCCGGAAACGGCCUCUACAACUUCAUCGUCCCUCUGCGCGCUUACUAUCGGCCCAGGAAGGAGCUCAACCCCAUAGUGCUGCUGCUGGACUACCCGCCAGACAACCACUUCUUAGAGGCCAUUUGCUGCUUUCCAAUGGUUUACUUCAUGGCUGGAACUAUUGAUAACCUGGACAACCUGCUGCAGUGUGGUAUAAUCUACGCUGACAACUUGGUGGUUGUGGACAAGGAGAGCACCAUGAGCGCUGAGGAGGACUACAUGGCAGACGCCAAGACCAUCGUCAACGUCCAGACUAUGUUCAGGUUGUUCCCCAGUCUCAGCAUCAUCACCGAGCUCACACACCCGUCCAACAUGAGGUUCAUGCAGUUCAGAGCCAAGGACUGCUACUCACUCGCGCUCUCCAAACUGGAGAAGAUAGAGCGCGAUAAGGGCUCCAACUUGGCCUUCAUGUUCCGGCUGCCGUUUGCUGCAGGCAGGGUGUUCAGUAUCAGCAUGUUGGAUACGCUGCUCUACCAGUCGUUUGUUAAGGACUAUAUGAUCGCCAUAGCGAGGCUUCUCCUCGGCCUGGACACCACGCCUGGCUCUGGGUACCUGUGUGCUAUGAAGAUCACAGAGGAGGACCUGUGGAUCAGGACCUACGGCAGACUCUUCCAGAAGCUUUGUUCCUCCAGCGCUGAGAUCCCCAUCGGGAUCUACCGCACAGAGUCGCACAUGUUCUCCACUUCAGAGGGCAAGGACAGUUACGCUCAGUCUCAGGUGUCCAUCAACAUGCAGCAGGGCGAGGAGCAUCGGGAGCGUAAAGAGUCCUGGAAGGAGAAGACGGCCCACAGGAACUCCACCACGAGCGACCAGUCGGAGCACCCACUGCUGAGGAAGAAGAGCAUGCAGUGGGCGCGGCGGCUGAGCAGGAAGACCGCCAAACCGUCCAGCAGAGCGGAGCGUAUCUCGCAGCAGAGACUCAACCUGUACCGACGCUCCGAGCGGCAGGAGCUGUCCGAGCUGGUCAAGAAUCGCAUGAAGCAUUUGGGCUUGCCCACCGUGGGAUACGAGGAUGUUUCUAAUCUCACUGCGAGCGAUGUCAUGAAUCGAGUAAAUCUAGGAUAUUUGCAAGACGAGAUGAACGACCACCAGAACACGCUGUCCUAUGUCCUCAUCAAUCCUCCUCCUGACACCAUGCUGGAGCUCAACGACAUUGUGUAAGCACCCUACUUUUUCUUUUUCUCCUGUGUACAGUAAAUGUAAUACCUUUUUAACCAUCUGGAUUAUUUUUUGGACACUUUUGAAGUGAACUGGUUACAUGGCGACACAUUUUAAAGGGUAACUUCAUUUUUGUGUCAUUUUUUUGUGUGAUUGAUUGAGAUAACAAUUCUGGAGACUGGUCCAGUAUUGAGUGAGCGUGCUGGAGCUGAGAGCAGUGUGACAAGCUGCAAUGUAACGUCAUUGGGCAUUUCUGCACUAUCAAUUUAUGUCCACUAAAUGUGCUUUUUUUUUUUGCCACUGACAGACUCAAAUUAUUAUUGUAAGUGUCUGACAACAUGGAAAGGAUCCCUACAUAAAAGAGUGAGAUCCUUUUUGUUUAAACAAAACCAGCCCCAAAACCACUAUUGCUGAAGCCACCAGGCUCCAUUUAAAUUAACAAUGUUAUCAUUGACAAAACAUGCUUCAUUCAAAGUCAACAGAAACAAGAUAAAACUCACAAAAACCAUCUUAGUUUGUCUUUCUUAUAUUCUACAAUGGCUGACAGUGGUUUAGUUGAAAUAAGCCCUUAAUUCACUCAGUUAGAUGUAGAAAUAUGUUGGCUCUAUACACGCUAAAAUUUGUUUUUGAUUUGUAAAUGAAAAAUACCAUACAGAAAGUCAUUGUAUAGUAUAGUAUGCCAUGGAAAAUGCAUAAAGUGUCAUAGUAUAGUAUGUCAUCAAAGAUGUCAUAGCACAUUGUGCCAUAAUAAAGUAUGUCAUGAAAAUUUCAUGGAGUGUCAUACUCUUAUUAUGCCAUCAAAAACCAUAAAAAGUGUAAUGCUAUGGUACGUCAUUAAAAAUUCCAUCAAAAAUGUCACAGUACAUUAUGCCAUGAAAAAUUCCAUCAACAACGUAAAAAUAUGGAAUGCCAUGAAAAAUGCAAAAAAAAAAAUGUCAUCGUAUAGCAUGUCAUCCAAAAUCAUGAAAACACGGGAUAGUAUAGUAUGUUGUUAAAAAUACGUCAUAGUAUACCAUGUCGACCAAAAUCAUAAAAAAAGUCACAGUAAAUAGUAUGUCGUUAAACAUCAUGAGAAACGUCAUAGUAUAGCAUGUCGUCCAAAAUCAUGAAAAACAGUCUUAUUAUAGCAUGUCGUCCAAAAUCAUGAAAAAAAGUCAUAGUAUAGUAUGUCGUAAAAAAAAAUGUCAUAGUAUAGCAUGUCGACCAAAAUCAUUAAAAGAAGUCAUAGUAUAGUAUGUCGUCCCAAAUCAUGAAAAAAAGUCAUAGUAUAGUAUGUUGUUCAA